UGACGGUGAGGAUUCAGAUCACACCAUGAGUUUACAGAGAGCCUUCAGUCCAUCUCGCGGACUAAUACGCACCCGAUUCAGUGCUGACAAGAGGUCACAUGACUCCAGAACCUCAUCUAAAGCCUCAGUGGAGAGCUUUCCUUUGGACACAUCUCAGUUCAGCCAGUCUGGUAGCCAUUGGAGAGCCAGCAUUGGGCCAACAAACCCCAGCACUGACACUAAGAAAACCAACAAAAGUGCCAGCUAUAGACCUGCAAUGGGAAACUUGGAGAACAUCUUCUUAAACAGCACAAAACUUGCCCCUCCUAUAUCUGUUCAUCCUUCCCAUAAGCCUCUGCUGCAGGUCAACUACAGCUCCUCCUGCAGUCUGCCUGCAGGAUUCAAAGUGCGAGAUCAAGCAUCAGAACCAGUGUCCUCUAGAAGGCGCUCAACUCAAUCUGACUCAGCACUGCUUCCCAGUAACGUCUUCUUUCAACGGACCUCACCAAAGACCAGUGGAAGACCACAGCGCACCAGCAGAGAGGAAUCAAUACAUAAGACAUUGGACAAGGCCUUGCAGGCAGCUUUUCUAAUGAAGCAGACCACAGACAGGAUGGCAGACGCUCUCUCUGCUGACCUGGCCAAAGCUCAGCUCCAGAGGAAGUUACUGGGCCUACAUCCUCUCAGCAGCAGAGAAGACAGAUAGCUGUGCUGCUGUUAUUCACCCUCUUCAG